AUAAUAAAAGAACAAGAGUUCAAGCGAGUGACAUUAAAUUGAAUGAAUUGCAAUUUGUAAGUGAAAAAAAUCGCGCGAAAUUCAGUUUGCACACAGCAUCGCAAGAAGACAUAACCAAUAAUAAUAAAAAUAAUAAUAAAACAGAGUGUGUUUAUAUUUGACAUUUUUGUUUGUUUAUUUGUGAUCAUUGCAAGCAAGUUGAACUGUUGAAUUUUAAUGUGCAUGAACAGAAUCAACAAAUACAACGAAGAAAAAAGAGUGAGCGGAUGGACAAGCGACAACUUUGCAUAUCGUAUUUGUUGAAUAACAAAAUACCAAAAAAUUAUAAUAUUCUAUAGAGUUGAGGAACAAUCUACCAGAACCAAUUUAAUGUAUUUCUAUAGUUUCACACAUUUCAAUUUGUGUUCGUAAGAAUUCAACUAUUAGGAAAAAAAAACUUGUAUUUUUUUUCGGUGUUCGGACAGAAAAGAAUGAAAACGGCAAAUAUACAAUAGAGUGAAUGCAAAGACAAAGCAGAACAAUCAAAUUCAUAUACUAGUAAAGUGAUAUAAUAGAUUUCGGUGGACAAGAUUCGUUUGUGUUCGUAUUAUUCGUUCGUUCGGACAGUCAGCCACUCAAUUUGAUGUGAAUGUAAAAAUUGAAGCUUGACUUAUAAAUCAUAUAACCAUAUAAAAUACCCAUAAAAUAUUACAGUACAUGACUAUUUUUAUUUUCCUUUUUGCCAUUAAAACCACACACAUACAUUUUCAUAGAAUAGUAUCUACGAUAUUCUAUGCAUUAUCGCUCGACGUGUCUCGUUGUAUAUGAAAAAGAUAUUUGUUAGAGUAAAUCAUCUGAUUCGCGAAAAUAAAUAUAACGCGCGCAACACAACGAAUUAAAACGAAUCAAGAAUAAGAAGAAGAAGAAAAAGUAUCAUAAAAAGCGACUCCACAUUUCUAAAAUCAAAACAAAGCAUUUCAGAUCAAAACCUAAGCAACAAAGAAACGAUAGACCACGCUAUCGUUAGAAGAGUUUGCACACUCACUAAACACACAAAAUAAAUAUACAAAUACAUAGAUAGACUCACACACAAAGAAUUGAUGGAAUCAUCUCUUGCGCUGAUGUCAUUGUGUUGGUAGAACUUGUUCGCAUAUAUGAAAUAUUGUGCGCGAGAAGGAGACGAAACAACCCGAAUGAGCUAAUGUGACGAUAUUCACUGUAGUGCAUUGUGUCAUCAUCGUCAACAUCAAUAAAAAACAGAAAAGGACGACCGAACAUUUUGAGCGUGCAGCCAUUGUUCACCAUUUGGAAACCAGUUAAAUACAAUAUUUCCCUUGAGCAACCCGAAUUCAAAGUCAAACACAAGGAGAAUUUCAUUAUUCAAACAACGACACUCGUGUAUAUAUCGGGGUAUUUUAUGAACUAUAUAUAUAUAGCAUUUGAAUUCACAGUGGUACUUGUUCGACGCAUGCGCACCGAUUCACAAAUAAACCAAAAAUUUUAUACAAAACAACAUCAACGCAUCGCGUCUGCAACAGACGUUGCUGCUGCUGCUGCUGCUGUUUGUUUUAGAUGGAAAGGAAUGAAAAUCACCCCACAUGUUCUCAUUCACAAAAAUAAGAGUUUAAAAACAUUGGAACGCGAUUUUGUGCGAUAAACGAGCGCAACAACAAAAAUACUCACACGCACUUAUACACACAGGCACACGUGCACCGUUUCAGUUUGCAGAAAAACCGAAAAACAACAAGCAAGUUAACGCAUAGCGUGGAAAAUACUCGGUGCAACGACAGCAGUUGUUGUUUACGACAAUCGCAUUAUAUUGGUGGAAAGAAAAUACCAUCGCUUAGAACCCCGUCGACGAGCGAUUGAGUUACAUGCCAAGUUAGCACCACACCAUUACGUGGUUAGCUCGCGGUACAGUCGUACACGGAAAAUUACACACAGCGCAAACAAUUUCAAGAUUUUUGUUUUAUUUAUUUAUUUUUUGGCCAUCGAUAGAGCGAGAGACAGACUCAAAUAUAGAGGAAGACAUAUACUUAAUAAACAAUAAAUAGAAAUAUAAAUCGGAAAAUUUUUCUGUGACAACACGAGUGUUGAAUCGGUGCCAGUUGUUGAUCUAUUUUAUUUUCAUAUUGCGAAAAAUUUUGCGAUAAAGUUCGUGUUUAUAAACAUUGAGAUAAAGAAAAUAAGACGAUUAUUUUUUUUUUUUUUGGCUGCAAUAGUUAGAGUGAAAGUGAUUUUUGGUGAAACAAAAAGCAAAGGCACGUAAUUUAACACAUUCAAAUAAAACUGAUUGUUGCGGAAAUUUACUGAGAGCAAGUCAUUUCGGCCAACACACGGUAAACACCGUCUACCACCCGUUCUUAUGCAAAAAACACAUUUUUGAUUUCAUUUUCUCCUCUGAAGCUAUGCUGUUGAAUUGUUAACGAGAAGACGUUGUCGCCUUGCAUCAGUUCAUCAUAUGUAUGUGCAUUUUAUCAGAAAAUAAGAAAAACUUUCAUUGCCAUUAAUAUAUGUGAAUGAAUCAACAGAAGCGCUACUAUUCUCAUAAUAAUAUUGAUCAUCAUCAUCAACAACAACAACAACAACACCACCUACACCAUCACCACCAACAACAACAACAACAACAACAACAUUAUCAACAAAUCUAUCAUCAAAACCAGAAUCAAAAUCAGAAUCAAGUGCCGCAUUCGCAUUAUCAAACAAACAUCUCAGAGCCGAUAUACUCAAAUUCGUUGCCAAGCUAUUCGCAUAUUGCGAUCAAAUCGGAGGUGCACAAUAGCAACGUAAACAAUAAUCAACAACCGAUUUAUCACAUAAUGGAAUCAACUCGUGAUAAUCCAAUGUUGACACAAUCGGUACCAAUUCCAUGUACCGGCAAAAUGUUGAACGAUUUUAAUGAUUUUAACUUUGAUUUUGAUCAAUCACAAUCACCACAAAUGACACAAGAUGGCAUCUAUAUACCAUCUUCAAGCACAUUGUUUGGAUUACAAAAUUCAAACUCGAAUUCAAAUUCGAACGCAAUGUGGAGCAUUAUCAAUGAAACAUUGAUUACAAAACAAGAGCCAUUUCAAAUGGACGAAGAUGAUAUAUUUCAGGUAGAUAAAUCGGAUCUAUUUCAAUCGCCAACAUUGGCUGAAUUGAAUGGCGAUACAACACUGGAAGAUUUGAACAUUGAAGACCUAAUUUUGCCAUCGGAAAAUACGGGACUAACACUUUUGAAUAAUGCAACGACAAUGAAUUUGCAAGCGAAUUCAUUCAAUGAUUCCACCGCACCGCCACAACAAUUGCUACAGACAAACCAAAUACAUAACAAUCUAGCAACGAAUCAAAUGCAAAUCGAACACCAACCACAACAACAACAACAUCAACAAAAUGACACAAAUCAAUUGUUUGGACAAGGCAUUGCUAUUGGUCGUGAUGCUUUAUUGUAUGACGAACAAACAAACAUCUCAUCGACCAGUCCAUAUGAUAUUUAUCAGGCCAAUACACCAAAAACACUUAAUUCAAAUGCUGCAUUUUCACCGGAAAGUCAUGGCAGUUCCAGUUCGCCAUUGCUAAAUAAUUCAAUAUCUCCGCCACCAUACAUUUUAAAUAACAACACGAUUACACAUAACAAGAAUAAUACAAACAACAAUAAAUUACAGUACACCACGUUACAAGAUCUACUUAAACAAGAAUCACCCGAUCGUACCAAUUCAAAGCUCGGCCAAUCGGUGCCCGGCCCAUCAACGAUAACUGGUGCGGUACGAAAUCGACAUGAAAACUAUCAUCAACGUCGUUUGCAAUUUGCUCAUCAACACUCCGGUGGAAAUUCGUGUUUGUCAUCGUCAGCACCGGCCAACUCUUCCGGAUGGCCACAACAAAUGUGGCAACGCAGAGAACCACGUCAACAUUUACUAUCGACGGGUAGCCUAGCUGAAGCCGGCUCAACGUCAUCAUUGAGCACCGGCGGAAUUGUUAGCCCCGAAGCAAAUGAUUUCUCACACGAUGAGGGGUACGAGGACAGUGACAGCGAUCACUAUGAAGAUUACUCUACUGAUGAUGACUCCGGCAACGAAGAUAAUGCAAAUCCAAAAGGAAGCAAAAAGGAACGAUAUUUCUGGCAAUACAAUGUACAAGCCAAAGGACCAAAGGGACAACGCUUAGUGAUUAAAACUCAAGUUGAAGAUCCACAUGUUUUGAACGAAGUCACCGAUCCAGUUUUUAGUCCAAGUUGUUCUGUGCGAGGAAUUAAGCACAGCGGUAAAGCUCGUAAGGGCGAUGGCAACGAUCUAACACCAAAUCCACGUAAAUUACAAUGUAUUGGCAGGGAAUUGGAUAAAUUGGGACGAACAAUCAAUCAAAUGACAUCGGUUAAUGAAUCGCCAUUCAAGGAACGGCCUAAAUUACGCAAAGAAAAGAAUAAAUUGGCAUCGCGAGCAUGCCGUCUCAAGAAGAAGGCACAGCACGAAGCCAAUAAAAUUAAAUUGUAUGGACUUGAAACUGAGCACAAACGCUUAAUCUCUGGCAUCGAGGAUGUUAAAAAAGCCCUGGCUUAUAAAUACAGCCAUCUCGCUGAGAACACUGAGGAGGUUAACACACAAAUUGAUAGUUGUGUCGCUGCCGCCACAAAAUUCCAGAUUGCUGGAACAUCCACGGAAUUCGUUAAUAAAGUGCUAGAAAAAGUGAAGUGCGGAAUACCGAACGGUGGACUCAGUGAGAUUUAAAUGGAUUUGUUUAAUUUGUUUGACCGUCUGUUCAGAGCAUCAAUCGCAGUGCAAGUUGCUGCAGUUUUUCAUCGACCGAGUUUUCCCGAGAGAAGUGUUAACAAUUUCAUUUAAAAUAUUCAUCGUCAAAAUUGGAAUCAACCGAAACGCGACCAACAUCGAAUAUCUAAUGGCAAAUAUUGCUUUGAAAGCAAAUAAAAUAACGCUGUAAAAUACAAAAAAAAAACAUCAAACUCUUGAAAAAAACUAAUUGAUAAAAAAAAGAAUGAAAUUCUCAGUGUAUUGUGAUUUCAAAUCUAGUAAUUUGAAAGAUUUAUUUUUUCACUGUUUUUCUAUUUUGUAAAAAAAAGAUAUAUUCGUUUUCCAAGUAAAAGCUAACAACGUAUAGUGAAAUAGUUGUUCAACAUGUGUCAACAUUUUAAUCCUUUAAAAAGGAAAAAAAAAUAAAGCCGAAUUCACGUUACAUACAUCAACGUCACUUCAUUCGCAAUCUAGAUUUUUCUUUUCGUUAUGUUUUCACCUUAAAUCGCCACUGGACAGAAUAUCCAUUUCAAUGGAAAUGAUAAUGAAAUACAAUUUAGAAUAUUUUCUGUUUGCUUGCGAGCAAAAUGAAACUAUCAGUCACACAAACACACACACGUUCGAUAGCAAUAAUUAAAUUACAGCCUGCUCAAAACUAUCAGCAAAUGAUAACACGCACAGCGCAAAAGGACAACUAAGAAACGAAACCGGGCAAACAACAAAGUGCAACACGAAAAAAAACUUCGCAUUUUGCGCAGCUCACAUGAGCAACAGCACUCGACGGGUUCAAUGCAUUCUAAUUUGAUAUGAGUUUUUUGCUUUUUUUUGACGUCGUGUCACCAGCAAGAAAAAAAACCUUUGAUGCAGCAACAACGUACAAAUAAAAAAAAAAUAUGAUCAAAUCGCAUGACAUGAGCGUCUUGUUACAGUUUUCCCAGAGCGGCAUUUGUUUUGACACCCAACAAUUGAAUUUAAUCAAAUGCGUCCACCACAAAAAUGUAAACUGAAAAAAGAAUUGUAGCAGGCCCAGAAAUUCGAUGCUUGAGUGGCAUGAAAUUACGCAGCGCAUAUCGAAUUGUGCAUAUUCAUCGAAAAUUCCGUUAUAUUCACAGUAUUUUGCUAUCGUGUGCGCGUUUCAUAUUAUCUCCUUUGAUAUGAUUGACUAGGUUCAUUUAUUUUCCUUCUCUUUCUAAUGUUGGAUUUGUUUUCAUUUUUUUUUUGUUCGAGAACUAACUUGAUUUGGGUGAAAAUCUAACACUAGCACAACAAAACGAAUGAAAUGAAAUGCAUGAAUUGAAGCAAGAAAAAUGUGACACAAGACAGCUAUUUCUAUUAUUUUUUUUCUAUUAUCAUCAUCAAAUGACAGCGAUAAACAAACAUUCAAACCAUUACACUGUGGCACGUGAAAUCAAGUGUCCAUAACAGAAAUACAUGCAAAAGAAUACAUAAAGAAUUCAAAGUAUGCUUAUAUACGACCAAUGUGUCGCACUUUUGAUAAAUAACUGUAAUCAACAUAUGCAAAUUAUAAUUUAACAAAAUGAAAUACUUGAAACAGUUUUAAGAACUCUUGAGAUAAGAUUUUCUUUAGAAUUAGAGAUUUAAUGUAUUAUGGAAAACCACUAACGGGAAAAAGAUAUCCUUCGAAUGCGUUUACUCGAUCUCGAAUCGAAACACAGACACACACACACACACAAAAUAUCAACUGUAGCAUUUUGAAAGAAUCUUUUUGUUUAUCAUUUUUUUCACCUUUCAAAAGAAAUGUCAUUAUGAUUGUAAAUACACAAGAAAAAAAAGUAAUAUCUAGUGAUAGAGUUUAUUUUUGUACCAAUUAAAACGAGAAACAGAAGAAAAAAUGGCAACAAAACCGUAGACUAUAAGUUUUGAUUUUCAAAGAAAAACAGAAAAACACACAAUGAUCCGAAUUAUUGAUAUUCAAACAAACAAAAAAUCAAUUUCAAUAUAUAUAUAGAUUUUUCGUUUUCGUCAAAUCGAUAACCAAACCAUUUUCAUGCGAUAUAUAAAAUAGUAAGGACUUUGUCGAUAAUUUUUAAAACUGAAAAAUUACAAAAAAUAUAUUUAAAUGAUGUUAAAACGAAUCGAAGAUUCGCACCUAAAUGUUAAAUGCCCCCACUAAAAUAACUUUCUUUCUAUUAACUAUUAAGACCAUAAAUGGAGAAUUUAACCGAGUUUUAAACUAAAGAUUUAUAAAUGUAUAACUGAAACCAGCUAAAAUACAAAGAAAACAAGUCAGGAACUAAACUGUGAAAUUGGUUGAAAGGAGGAAAAAGCAGAACAAUUAAAAUCCUAUCUAUUUAAGUUCAAGAAAACAAAGAAAAGAAAACAUAAUUAAGGUAAAGUUUGUCGCAUCAAGACGAAAAGAAAGUAUCUUAAAUUUUAUGUCAAAAAGCAAACAAAACAAACGAAUGUUUUUCCAAAAAUUUGUUUUUCACCACCAAAAAGGAAGACACACACACAAUAUAUGGACUCAAAAUCCAACGAAUGGUUUGCAUAUAUGUUUUUGUUGUCCUGCAAACACGAUCUAUCUUUUGUUUUUUUCUUUUGUAUACGUUAAUCAUUUUGUUCGUUUUGUUUAACAGA